AUGAUGGAUACCAACGUCUUGAGAAGACACUUCCGUCAAAAGCGCACAUUGGCCUCGAAGCCUUGCCUGCUACUCCGUGCAGAAGUGAUCAGGACUCCUGCCAUGACCGACCGUCUGCGCCCGCGUUGUUCAAGUGGCAAGCGACGACGGUGCAGAGCUAGUUACAAAGACCAACUUGUUCGUACAGCACGACUGGUCUGUGCCGACGCGGCCGAGGGCGCCGGCCCCGGGAGUUUUUUUCUUCUUCGGAGCGGGCCGCUUUGGCCCGUCGCAGCGGACUUCAGGGAGCUGCGUAUGUCCAUGGACCCCGGCAAUGUCAGCGGAAUCAGAGUCAAGCAUGACUGUGGCACGGCCGGCCUCCUGCUGGCUGUUGCCCGCGACGCACGCGCCUUGGUUGAGAACCAUAACGAGAGGGCUAGGGCCUGA